UCUGGCCACCGCCGGUGUGAUGAAAAGAUUUCAGGGAGAGCCGCAGACAAAAUGUAGCUAUACUCGUCGUCAUACGGAUGUCUAAAGCGGAAGUGGAUCUAUCAUACUAAUUCAAUCAUCCGUGUGUCACUCGUAUACUUCAAUGCCGUCCCUCGUUGAGCAACAUCACGUAUUGCUUGAACUUAAACCUUUAGGCCUAUCACUAGCUAUAGAGUACAAUAUUUUAAGGUUUCCCUUGCAUGUAGGCAGCACGAAUUUCGUGCCAAUGAGAACCUCGAAUCACAACCCAACCCUGGCAAGACUUGAGGCACCGCUGGACUCAGCCGCCCAUGCCCAUCGAACAAGAGAUCGCUCACAUCGCUGCACGGAUCACAGAUGGUCAUAUUGUUCCAGCGCCGAUGCCUCACGCCGCUGUCGACCUGUUCUGAGAAUUUGUCAGUCUUUUGUUUUCCUUUUUUCCGCCAACAAUGACUGUAAAUAUUCUCCACCCUUCCCCCUCCCUGAGCUAUCGCAAUUGCCCUUGAUGCCGCAAUACCUCUUCCUCAUAUCACAUGAAAUAAAAAGGAAGGAAGAAAAGCAAGUACCAGUACAUGCUACUGCAAUAUAUCCCUGGGUGAGACCAAGUUUCUUGCUGCGAAGCGAUGGGGCAUGGCCUGGAGGAGGAGGAAGCAAAAAGCAACUUCCUUAUCAGCGUAGCCACGGACGAUUCUGCAGGAGAUCGGAGGUUUGGCUGGAUUUGAUCACAAGAAACUAAAUUUUUUUUUUGGCCAUGCAAUGCAAUGCAAUGCAGAAAAUGCCAUCGUCCACUCCCUCCCCCCCCUUUUCUCCCUAACUUCUUAAAAUGGUUCCGAUUGCUCUUAACAACCACGUAGACAGACCUCUCUCUAUCUA